CAGAAAUCCAGAGCUGCAGCAAUGUACAGAGCCAUGCCUUUAUACAGCUUCAUUUCACUUUUCACACUUUUCUCAUCUCCUCUUAUGCUGGACUUAUAAUAUUGGGAUUUUGAAUUAUUUGGUUAACUUUUGACAGAAUUCACCAACCCAACCAUGAACCAGACAAAUGUGUGGAACAACUCAAACAACUGCUCCAUUAGUGACUUCAAGCGUAGCAUCUAUCCAGCUGCCUAUCUGUUCAUCCUCACCUUCGGGCUUAUUGGCAACCUCAUAUCUCUGUUCUUUUUUGUUAGCUUAUGGAAAAGAAAGAUGCAGUUUUCUCCAGUCAACAUCCUCAUGCUCAAUCUCUUAGUAUCAGAUUUGAUGCUGGUGUGCUCUCUGCCACUCCGAGCCACCUACUAUCUCAUGGAUUCCCACUGGAUCUUUGGAGACAUCACCUGCCGGAUCAUGUCCUAUGUCCUAUACAUUAACAUGUAUGGCAGCGUUUACUUCCUAAUGGUUCUGAGUGUGGUUCGCUUUGUGGCCAUCGUUAAACCGUUCAGAUAUCAACACUGGCAAAGUUCUCAGAGGGCAUGGAUAAUAUGCUUCAUCAUCUGGUUGAUUGUGUCUGUGGCCUCCAUCCCACUUCUUAGAGCAGGAACUAAUCAGGACAAGUUUGGACAGACAAGAUGCCUGGAAUUGGACUCGACCAUGCUUAAGACCAUUAUCGUAUUGAAUCGGAGUGUCAUGUUUUUUGCUUUUGUGUUGCCCUUCGCGGUUAUCUCAGUAUGUUACAUUUAUGCAGCCUUCUACUUGCUAAAGCUAAAGAAGGCCAGGCCAAAUCAAAGAUCUCAAUUAAAUCACAAGAAGUCUUGCUCUCUUGUGAUCAUCGUACUUCUAAUUUUUCUUGCAUGCUUCAUGCCAUAUCAUGUAGUCCGGACUCUCUUUUUGGAGGCUGAGAUGGAUGUAACAAAGAAUGGCUAUGGUGGGUCCUGUCAUUACAUUAAACGUUUGAGAGAGGCAGCAGUCAUUACACACUGUCUAGCUUCAGGAAACAGUGCCUGGAUCCAUUGCUCUUCUUUUUUGCAGGGGAAAACUUCAUGAACUUUUGGCGUCAAAAUACGCCGAGACGCCAGAGUUGUAUAAUAGAGCAGAAUGUGUGAGAGAAGAUACAGACAGCGUUCAUAUAGGGAGGUGAUUAAGACAGGUUUGGUGUGCUUGGGACCUGUCGAGACUUGAGGGGGAACAGAAAUAAAUGUCCCAAAUACCUGAAGAGAAAGAUGAUAUCUGUGGUUGACUAUCCCAUGCAAUUCAUUCAUUUACUAUUGGGGUAUGAAACUUGUUAACCUCUCGUAUCGAAGAUUAAAAAAUUAAAGAAUAAAACAUUUUCACAAAUCAGAUCUCAAUCAAUUGGUUAUCCUACACCAUAGAGAUGAAAUGAAGUGCAAAUUGGGUAUUUUGCUUUGAGCAAUACAAAUUUCCUCUGUGCUUAAUCUUGAAAUGGCAACUGGUACAUUAAAAAUGCUAGAAGAUUUAAUCAUGGCUUCUUAACUUGGCACUUAAUACACUGCAGCAUUGCAAAGUUGUUUAAAACCCUGUUUAAAAAGUAAUGUUAUUGCAGUUUUUGUAAGGACAUACCUGACAGUAAGUACAUGUGUACUGUUCAAAAGGGUUGGUUUUUCUAACGUACCCACUACUUUAGAAAAUAGUUUUACAAUCAAAGCGUAAUGUUAGCACAUUGCACAAAUGAACUUGUAAGAAAUUGCAAUUUUGCUACUUAUGUAAAUGUUUAAGAGGUGGUUUUAAAAUACAGGGACUUUUUAAUGCCUAUUCUAUUACAGAAUCUAUUACAGAAUUAUAAAUAUGAAUGAUUGUUUCUUGUUAAUCAGUGUCAGAUUAAAGCAUACUAAUUUUUUAUUUACAUUUUACUUUACAAUUUC